AUGAAGGAAAACAUACCAACUGUGAAAGUCAGCGACAGUCCACCCGUUAUAUAUAAUAUAGUUAGUUAUUAUGAUAACACGCUAGUCGUUCAUAUAAUUCGUACAGAUCUAUUAUCCCCUAAAGAAGUUGGCAAACUUUGGUUAGAUAAAUACUUAUCAAUUCGCACGGUUUAUCCAAAUGGGAGCGUUAUACCAUUAGAUAUUCAAUUGGAUAUACAAGACUUUAACUUUUGUAUCUUGUAUAUUAACGGAAUUCAGGCGAGCCCCAUUAGAAUUUAUCCUAUAAGAAGCAAUUUUCUGAUAGUAACUUAUUCGGAAACCACGAAUUUAACUGAUCCAUUUAGUUAUACUGAUUGGGCAAUGAUUGUUGAUUUAAAUGGAAAUAUUUACAGCAAAAUUUCAUUUGGUUCGAGCUAUGUUGAUGUUGCAACUAAUCAAUGGUUACCCGGGAAAGCUGUAAUUUUCUUAAAUUCUAAUCCUGACAAUGGAUUUCUUCGUAUGACACCCAUGACAAAUACCACUAAUGCUAGCUGCGAGCAAUACGAAGUCCAUAUAAAUACUGUCAUUCCAAUGGUGGACGAAUAUGGCCAUGCAACUAAACGAGAUCCAACUGUCUUUUAUCAAACUCCAAUUUCAGGAUUAAGUUUUACUGACAUUGAUUGCGAUGUUUCUUACGUAGGAAUAGGACAAUGUUGUAUAGUAACGGGAGUAUUUAUCAUACGAGCUGUUAUUAAAAAAUUUUAUCUUAAAAUUGAUUUUCUUUCAAAUGGAACCGUAAUAAAAGUUUUGCCAUUGAUGAGUGAUCUUCAAACGAAUCCAUUAAUUGAACAAUAUAAUAUCGAAGCAUUACCGUAUGGAGGUUAUUUAUUAAGUGGAAUUGGAACGGAUGAUAGUGGUAUUAGUGCUCAGGUGGGAGAGAAACUAAAUUGGACUUUGUUCACCAUUGAAUUGAAGAAAUUUGAGAUUGAACGAGAUCAUGGAUAUAGCAAUUUCCAUAUCGAUUCCACUUAUCCGCACAUUAAUGAAAUAAUUGAACUAAAUACAGAAUCCCUUGCAAUUAAAUAUUUUAAUGCAGUAGAACUUUCAGAUGGUCACAUUAAAAUAUUUCAUGAAAAUGGUAAAUUGCGCCAAACUAUUCUUAGAAUCAACAACGCCUUUGUAACUCAAAGUGUAGAUGGAGAUUCAACUACGGUCAUUGUCAAAUUACUUGAGUCCACAUUAAAUCUACCUGGUAGUAAAUACUAUGUUACAAUUGACAAUAAUUUUGUAAAAAGCCGUGUUUACCAAGAACCUCUCUAUGGUGUAAAAGAGCAUGUUUGGUCUUUUACGACACCGAAAGAAGAAGAUUUUUCAGGGAGCGUUAGUGGACAAAUUAGAUUGACUGCAGAGGGAACUGUACAUUUUGAAAGUCUUAACGAGAACGAUCGCAAAAUGUUCUUUGCGAACUUAAUUCGAGAAUUGGCUGAUGCAAUUCCCGUCAGUUAUGACCGUGUAACUACCAAUGAAAGAAAUGAAACUGAUGCUUCGACUCCUCAAAAACAAUUUCUUUUACCUAUUAACAUCUUAAACGAUAAAACUAGAAAAGAAAUAGCUGUUAAUUUGGCAAGCCGAGAUUUAGAUCUUUUGAUUAGGAAUAAACAUAUCACUGCUAUAGGUUCCGGGGAAUAUUCAAAAUAUCUAGAUGAUAGUUAUGGAUAUAAACUUCCCAAACGUAAAAAUGCUGAUGCUAAAAAUACUGCGAUAUUUCAACUCGUCAUCGUUAUUUUUGAUAUUAUCAUGGAUAUUGCUUUUUGUAUUAAAGUGGCAAAACGCGUUGAAAAAUUAUUUAUUCCAAGAGAAAAACAUAAAGUAUUUUUGGAAUGGUCAAGAGAGAAUAAAUAUGUUGUAGAUUUAUUCACAGUAUUAGCAGGAUCAGAGGUUGAAGUUUUAACCGUACUCGAAUCAAAUAUUUGGAAUUUUGAUUUUUUCAAUGCUAAAUUUUCUAAAGAAGGAUUAAGCGGAAUGUUUUUGGGAUCUUGCUUUAACGUUAUUUUUGAAGAUAUUCCUCAAUUGUUUAUUCAGAUUGGGAGAUGUUAUAGUUUUAGAGAUCAUGGUAAAACAAUUUGUGGAAUCACUGACAAUGUUAAAAAGUCUAAUGCCCAAUCUAAUGAAAUGUAUGAUGAAAAUUCUGUUGAAAAUUCAGAUGAGAAUGUAUCAUUCAUUGAAUGA